UUUUAUUUGGACAAAGGAGGCGUGGCUGGUUAAGCAUAAGGCAUAUAAUCUACCAUCAUGUUCUUUCUUUUGCUGUUGUUUGUUACUUUAAUAGCUUUCCUGGCCUUCCUAUACCUCCUUUCUUUAAGAAAGGUCUAUAGUAUCAAGGGCAAGAAUGUACUGAUUACUGGUGGUAGCAGUGGUAUAGGGAAGUGCUUGGGUAUCGAUGCUAUCAAGAGAGGAGCAGCGUCUGUUACUAUUUUGGCAAGGAAUAAAGAGAAACUUAAGCAGGCUAAGUCAGAGAUAGAGAGUUUUAUCUCCACCAGCUCUAAUCAGAAAGUGCACACGAUAGCUGGGGACGUCAGUAACCAGAAUAUUGCUAGCAGAAUACUGGAGAGUGUGUCUGACAAUGGCCACAUCAACGUGUUGAUCAACUGUGCAGGCAUCACCCACACUGCUCCCCUAGUGGACACUCCAGCAGACAAAUAUGAGGAGGUACUGAGAGUAAAUGUGCUGGGGUAUGUGUACCCGACUAAGGCUCUUCUGCCGGCCAUGAUUCAGAGGAGAGAAGGGAGAGUGGUCUUUGUGUCUUCUCAAGCUGGACAGCUUGGUCUCCACGGCUACACUGCUUACUCUGCCUCAAAGUACGCCCUGAGGGGUCUUGCCGAGACCCUCAAUAUGGAAGUGGCUGCUCACAACGUCAAAGUGUGUAUCUCAUUCCCCCCUGAUACUAACACACCACAGCUUCAAGCCGAACUGGGGGAGAGGGACGAAAUUCAAAAAGAGUUGGCGUCUUUCGGUACAGUUUUUGAACCAGAGUCAAUCUCACAGGAUAUAUGGUAUGGCGUUGAGAGGAAGAAAUUUCAGAUCACUCAUGGAUUCGAUGGAUUCUUCGUAGGGGUCAUGACCUCUGGAAUGAGCCCCGUACAUUGCUGCUGGGACGCAGUUGUGCAGGUGUUGUUAAUGAGUGUGUUCAGAGCAGCCUCCUUUGUCUACCUGUUCUUGUUUUAUAGAGCAGUGAAGAAGUUUUCAAUGAGCAAGAAAACCAACUAAUGUUAAACUUGUACCAUGUACAGCAUGUAUAUACUGUAUAAUUUUUACAAUACCGUAUAGCAGGUAUAGCAGGUAUAAUUUUCGUUGGUGCAAAUGUAUGCAUUUGGAUUUUAAAUAUUCGUAUAUAUACAGCUUAAUUUUUAUAUUUGUACAGCUCAGGAUAUAAUUAUAUAGUGACGUUGAAUAAAUUA